GUUCUAUGUACACUCGCUUUAUUAGCGUGUUGAUAAAAGCACAGUUCGUCUGUCUUCCUUUCCCCCGCACGAUGCGAUUCCUCUCUUUCCCACCCGGGUUCUGUUAGCCCGUCCUGCUCGGACUGUUUCGAUCGUUCGUCAUCUUGCUCGUUCGUUUGCGUCGAUUCGCGAUUCUUUCUUCCUCGCGAGCGAUGAUCUCCUCGUUGACCCACGACCUCCGUGACUGAUAACCCUUUCCUUUCUUCGUAGAGCGCGGCUUUUUUUCCCCUCCGAGAACGUCGGUUAUCUGCAGCUUCUGGGUAAGUACGCGACGUGAUCGUGAACGUACGACGAUCUUGCUGGGAAAACCAGGUCAGCCUGCUGCGACGCAAGGCAGUAUCGUCGAAGCGUCGAGGAUGAUGUCGCGGUAUACCGAUCGUUUCCUCGUCACUCUAGCUUUUCUCUGUUUCGUCAUCGCUCUCGUCCACGCGAUCUACGAUCCCAGAGAGGUAACAACGAAACCACCGAAACAGAGAGAGCCAGUGCUCCCUUGGUACACGCCUGGCAGAGUAGACUCUAGCGAGGAUCUGUCGCGUUCUCCAAAAUGGCAGCUAGACUCGGACAGCCCCAGGAAACCGAUCGUAAUUGAUGCUGAGUCGAAGUCGAAAUGGAGCGCUUGGAAGAGAAACCAGGGUAGUGACAUCGAGCAGAGAACGGAGAUUCUCUCUGGUGAUUCACAAAACACGACGGAUUUCGAUCAACACGCUGGCUCUUCUUUGGAGUACAGUGGAGUACCGUUGGAACAACAACAGGAAGACAAAGAUUUGCCCCCUGAUGGUUUCCAAAAGCAGAAAGACAAAGAGAAGAAACAGGAUGCUUCCAAAGGAACUAAUUCCCAGACAGUGACGAAGGAUGACGAUCAGGACGAUUUUUACGAGGGAUUGCCACCUGACAGCAAGAAAUCGCGCAAGGAGAAAAUUUAUCAAUCGACGAAACAGAAGUUGACGGUGGCUCGAUACGACGACAAACGGGGUGUCCAGUGUCCGGAAUUCGACUCGACCGGGCAAUUCGUGUACCCUCCAGACUGUCAAUUUUUCGUAAACUGCUGGAAGGGUAGAGCUUUCGUUCAGCCGUGUGCACCUGGCACUCUCUUCAAUCCGGACACCUUGGAAUGCGAUUUCCCACACAAGGUUAAGUGCUACGGCAAGGAGGUAGCUGAUUUCCCAUCGGACAAGCAUUUGGAUUCUUCGGAGGACCGCGAGCCAUUGUUGUCUGGCAGUCAUCAAGGUUACAUGGAACAUGGAAGGACACAGGAGCCACGAUGUCCACCGCAUAUAACAGGCUUGAUAGCACAUCCCUCGAACUGUACGAAAUUCUUACAAUGUGCAAACGGGGGGACGUAUAUCAUGGAUUGUGCUCCUGGCACUGUGUUCAAUCCCUCCAUAAGCGUUUGCGACUGGCCAAACAACGUAAGAGGCUGCGAAGACGCUGUAAAGUCCAAGGAAGAAGUUACGACGCCAUUGGUUCCUCCCGACUACUACGAAGACUAUGGAAACUUACAACAUGGAAAGUUACAAUAUUCAAAGCCUGAACAGCCGAGGAAAAUCGCUUGCCCUGUUGAUUAUACAGGACUGUUGCCCCAUCCAGACACGUGCAAGAAAUUCCUCCAAUGUGAAAGCGGCGGGACAUUCGUCAUGGAUUGUGGACCCGGUACAGCUUUCAAUCCGGCAAUCUCUGUCUGCGAUUGGCCGUACAAUGUACCUAGUUGCAACGAAGAUAAACCAUCGCGAACGCAACACUCGCUCGGUUCACCUACAACAGCCACCAACAAACCGUGGCCUUCGUACCACGGUUCCACAGACUCGAGAACUUGGCAGCACACUCACCAACACAACCACACGUCACAGGGUCGUUACAGGCCAGGUUACACGCGCGACUAUCCUAAUCACCCCGUAACGACAGGUCGUCCAAGAACAGACUGGGAUUCCUUGAGACCAACGUGGAUACCAAGCUGGAAACCAAGUGCUUGGACCACUGCCACGCCACUGUAUUCUCAAAGCUGGCAAUCUACUAACACCAACCCGCAUUACGGACCUUCUAACGAACAAACCGAUCGCGAUCGAUGGGAUCACGCGUCAGGAUCAGACCGCGAACACUCUCAAUGGCAUCAGAAUAGAUACCAUCAUCAUCAUCAUCGUCACUAUCACUAUCCUCACGGACCGGUUCACGAUUCCGACCAAAAUACCGAGACGCAGCAGCCUGUGGCUCCUCAAACACCUGGAAGCCAAGGAACUGAGACUGGAGGCUGGCAUUCCAGUCACGGAUACCAACACGAGCAUCGUCAUUAUCAUUACGGUGAUCAUGGUAGGCCAGAGACUGUUCCCAGCUAUCCGUGGGAUGCCGUGGACUCUGGUCAACAGACUCAACAGCCCGUCUUUGAUCAGCCCGGAGAUAAGCCUCCCACUCGAAGAUUCGAUUAUUCUUCUAACAGAGAGUCUGCAUUUGAAGAUGGUAACGCGAAUCAGGGUCGAGAGCUCACGCCUAACAGGCAAGAGUAUGGAAGAACUGCUCCCGCGUUCUCUGCAGGACCAGGGUCUGACGUUUACGUGGAUCGUAACUAUCAGUCGUCCGGGGGUGGCGAUUCGAGGUUUCACGUGCAAAACAGGACGAGCUGGCAGCCAGUGCCAACGGGGAACAGCUUUGCUCCUAGCAGCUGGGGUCAACAAGGUCCAGAACAGGCGCCAAAUCAGAAUCAAGAUCGGAAUCGACAGUGGGAUCAAGGUACCUCUGACGUGGAUGACAAAUUUCGUGAAUGGGGAUCUGAAACGAAUAUUUAUCAGAGCACGGCUAACAAACAAGCAGAUUCCAAGUUAAACGCAUGGCCGAAUAUUUUUCUCCAUGGUAAAGGACAACAUGGAUCAGGAGCAAAGACUACUUCGAACAAUUCAACGAAACUUUUCUACCCAAAUGGCAUAUACGUGAAUUUAAACGACACAAGAGGCCAUUUUAUCACGAAAGAAAUCGAAAUAGAUCAAGGCCAUUCGAAAACGAAGACUUACAGGUCGAACGACGUUCGCGGCUUGAACGAGUUUGACAGAAACGACAGAAAUGUCUAUGUUGACUCUCAAACCACCAAUUUCGAUUACAUACCGUCCGCGGUUCUUCAGCCACCGCCCAUUUCCGUCGUUGAUCGUUCUGAGCCUGAAAACACGCGUCACGGGGACAGUCAUCGAUAUCCAAAAACUCACUGGACGAGUAACUGGAAUUCUGCGAGUUCUGAAGAUUUAAACGAAUCUGGUAGCCACUACAACCGUGUGUCCGUGCCAUCGUCGAACCUUCAGCCGCCGUACGCAUCUCUCAACUUCUUCUCACCGUUGGUAAAUUUCUCAAAAACUGACAAUUACAGUCCGUCUACAAAUCUUCAACCGCCAUUCUAUCGGCCUGCGAACAAUACGUUCCCCAUCGGCUGGCAGUAUCCGUCAGUUCCGUCCGUCGAACUUCAACCGCCAUUCGUCGAACCGACGAGACGCAACAAGCAAAAUUUCACGAGAUCGCUGGGUAAUUUUCAACCUCUGAGCCAGCUGACUCCUCCAAAUUUCGUUCCAGACGUCACCGGCCAGUAUCCGCACGUUCCGUCGAGCAAUCUCGAGCCGCCGUUCGAGGAAUCCAGUGAUCGAACCAACGAUUCGUCUGUAGCGCAAUUCGUCAGUAGCGCGAAUCGGGAAAUCGCGCCAAACGCGCAGAAGCUUUACCAGAGUAACGAGAGGCCUGAGAAUGAAACGAUCACGACGACCGAUUCGAACGUGCCGGUUGUGUGGAUAGAGAAUGAAAGUAAUUCGAAUACAGAUUACCCAGCCGUUGUCGAGCCUGAUUUCGACGAGGUCGACGUGCUGGUCGACAAGAGAGCUUGGAAGCCGGUAUUGGUUUUUGUGAACAGGACUCAGACGACUACCACGGAGUCUUCUGUCAUUAUGAAAAUCAACAAGAAGAAGGCGGACGUGGAUCUCUUUAAUAUCGAAGCUGCUCCGUUUGAGGAUGAAGAGCCGCCAUUUCCAUCGUACUACAUUCCAUCGGUGGAACCGAUGGAUCAUUCCAGAAAAACUGCUUUGCCAACACCGAUUUCCGGCCAGGUGAUUCGACUUAGGGGUGGUUCUGGCCCCUACGUUGGAUACGUCGAAGUUCAAGGUACGAAUCCCGGUUGGGGAAUCGUUUGUGACUCGAAAUACAGCUGGACUUUGAAAGAAGCGCAUGUCGUGUGCAAACAACUUGGAUACCCCAGCGGCGCCGAGGCGGCUUGGCAAGGGAGAGACUCUCGCAACGGUGUGCCAACUUGGAUCGCCGCAAACUCCGUCUCGUGUCAGGACCACGAAAGCAAAUUUCAAUCGUGCAAAUUUACGCACGUUCAGCAAUGUCGCUUGGAGAGAGACGCAGUCGGCGUAAGGUGCGUGCAGAAUCGAGUGGCUCACUGUCGCAAGGACGAGACGGCACACGAGGGUCAAUGUUACCACAUAGCCGAGUCUGAGAACGGCUUGAACCACCAGGAAGCGUUGGAUUAUUGCACACGGCGACAAUCACGGCUCCUCGAUAUCACCAGCCAAGCGGAGAACGAUUUCAUUUCCGAGUGGGUGGUGCAAACUCGACCGGAAAUCGCGUCGAUUAUGACUUCUGGCGUCGGCUUCACUACCAUGAAUCGCACGCUCUGGCUUUGGGAGGAUGCUUCUCGCGCGAAAUUUAGGUUCACGAAAUGGUGGCCAGGUUGGAUGGGGGACAAGAAACAUCCCCCGAUCGUGGGUUUUCGACCUGUUUGUAUAGUAAUGAAGCGGAAAUUCCCGUGUCACGACAGGCCAGACUCGAUAUGCGUAGCUGAUUAUUUCUUCUGGGACGCGGAGGACUGCGCUGCCUCUGGCAAGGGCCACUCUUUCAUUUGCAAGAGACCCUACGACGACAUUGGUUGCAUUUAUGGAAAAGGAAAUCAGUACGCUGGAACAGCGAACGUCACGGUGUCAGGGAAAGAAUGUUUAUCGUGGGGCGAUCCGGAGGUCGCUCACUCGCUCGAAAUUCACGUUCUUAAUCGGGAUGUGCGAGAAAAACUGAAGACCCACAAUUACUGUAGAAAUCCGAAUUCGAACAGAGAGAACAAGCCUUGGUGUUUCACGGGGCCACGUGGUGAGAAGGAGCAUUGCGACAUUCCACCUUGUGGAAAUCUAGGUUCUCAGAGGUCGGUUUCGAUGGGUCAGUGCAUGCCCAAGCAUUUCGAGUGUUCACCGGGAGAAUGUAUUCCAUCGACGUGGGUCUGCGAUGGAGAAGAAGAUUGCACGGAUGGAAGAGACGAGAGUAAUUGCGUUUCAUACAUGGAUUUAUAUCAGAAGUAUUCCAAGCAUAAACUGGAAGGGUACGACGUUCAAAAGUGGUUACACACAUCGUUGAAGACGUGCGCUCUCAGAUGCAAAGAGGCUGAUUUUACCUGCCGAUCCUUUUCACAUAAGGCAGACGAGAAUAUUUGUUUCUUAAGCGACAGCAACGUGGGAAUGACGGGCUCUUUAAAGCCUAAUAAAGAAUACGACUACUACGAAAUGAAAGACAGAAGCGUCGACUGCAAAGGAAUGUACGUCUGUGAGAAUCGCAAGUGCAUAAAUCAAAGCCAGGUGUGCAACGGAAAGAACGACUGCAACGAUCGUAGCGACGAAACUAUCUGCACCGUGGAAAAUUUAGAUUACGAUAUUCGGCUGGCUGGCACGGAGAACGACUACCAAGGCAGAGUUGAAGUUAAAAUUUUGGGCGUAUGGGGACAAGUGUGCGACGACGGUUUCGGAAUGAUCGACGCUGAUGUAAUUUGCAAAGAGCUUGGCUUUGUUCUUGGCGCACUGGAAGUAACACCGGGAGGAUUCUUCGGGAAUAUGGAUCCACCAACUAGAUUUAUGGUGGAUCAGUUAAAAUGCCGAGGCAACGAGACUUCUUUACGCGAAUGUGAUUUUGAUGGCUGGGGUGUUCACAAUUGUCAACCGGAAGAGGCGGUAGGCGUUGUUUGCAAGACUGCGGUUAAUACCUGUCAGGAUGGCCACUGGAAGUGUGACAAAAGUCCAGCGUGUAUUCCAACUGCGUUUAUAUGCGACGAGGUUGUCGAUUGUCCGGACGGUUCCGACGAGAAUUCUGAACAUUGUGACGCACCGUUCGAGAUACGUUUGGUGAAUGGAAGUUCACCACUAGAGGGAAGGGUGGAAGUCCGUCACCAUGGUAUAUGGGGCACCGUUUGCGACGACGAUUUUUCAGUUGCAGCUGCAACGGUGAUUUGCAGAUCGUUGGGAUACGGUGGACCUGCAACUCCAAAGAAAGAUGGAUACUUUGGACCGGGAGAAGGACCAAUCUGGCUGGACGAAGUUUUCUGCCACGGGAACGAGACCCAGCUGUAUCGAUGCGACCACAAUCACUGGGGUCAGCAUAACUGCAAUCACGACGAGGACGCAGGUGUGAUUUGUACACCUGGAGACGUUAACGAUUCCAAGUUGCACUUGGAGACAGUGUUGCGUUUACCAGAGAAGGAUAUCAAUGAUAUACUUCCGGCCAAUUGCGGCAGACGAUUCAAAGAUUUUAAUGAGGAUGAGGAUCUCAUAUUCGAGAAGGUGGUGCGUGGCAACGUCGCGUCGAAAGGGUCCUAUCCCUGGCAGGCCAGCAUUCGCGUGCGAGGGCACAGCAGAUCGAAUCAUUGGUGUGGAGCGGUGAUUGUCUCUCCUUUGCACGUGCUCACCGCUGCGCAUUGUUUAGAAGGAUACAACAAAGGAACUUAUUUCGUUCGUGCUGGUGACUACAAUACAGAGAUGGAAGAGGGAACGGAGAUCGACGCCGAUAUCGAAGAUUAUUACAUUCACGAAGAGUUUCGCAAGGGGCAUCGAAUGAACAACGACAUUGCUCUGGUGUUGCUGAAAAGACGAGGAAUCCCUCUUGGCAAGGAUGUUAUGCCAAUUUGCCUGCCGUCGGAGCAAGCCGAGUAUCCGCCAGGUCUUAAUUGCACCAUUAGUGGAUUUGGCAGUGUCGAGACUGGCAAAUCAACUCAUUCCAAAGAUCUGAGAUACGGCUGGAUACCGUUAUUAGAUCAGUCUGUGUGCCGUGCCGGACACGUUUAUGGCGAGGGCGCAAUCAGCGACGGAAUGGUCUGCGCCGGAUAUCUCGAUGAGGGUAUUGACACCUGUGACGGAGAUUCUGGCGGCCCAUUGGUGUGCUUGCACAACGGGGCUUUCACGUUGUACGGGCUUACGAGUUGGGGACAACACUGCGGCAAAGCCAACAAACCUGGUGUUUACGUCCGAGUUUCUCAUUAUCGUCAGUGGAUCGAUCGGAAAAUUAAAGAUUCUCUCGCCGGAAGAUAGGAAAUGCCUUGGAGCUUUUUUCUAAAAUUUAAAUAAAACAUCUAAACGAAACAACCACGUUGUUCACAACAUUGUAUACUUAUUGUUUUAAUGCUGUACUUUUGUAGAGAUGUAAGUUAUUAUACGUAUAGCGUAACUAUACUAUUGUUAUAUUAGUAAAUAUAUUGUUAUUAUUAUUAUUAAACCGCGCUAUUAUCAGUUGUUUGAGCGUUUAAUAAUAAUAAAGAAUCGUUUGUACAA